AGCACGUAAUGAAAAUCCCAUUUGAGCCCUUAAAUGACGACAUACUGUAGGCUUGCGUGUAAAUGGGAUUUUAUUAGUGACUGACACGAGCUGGAUUAUAUAUACAUCUAUAUAGCGCAUAGGCAACAAAAUGGAUCAACAGAUUUGGCCAAAUCAAAUGAUUUCCAUCAAUGAACAUCUUCAACAAGAAGGUAACAAAAACAAGGAAAUCUUUACAGAUUCCAAGAUGGAGAACAACAGAACGAUGAAAGAUCAGGAUUCUGGUUUUGAAGUAGACGAUGAGGAAGGACAGAAUAUAAGAAAACAGGAAUUACAGUCUGAAAAGGAGAUACUGGAGGAGAAGCUUAAACGGAUAACAGAAGAACUUGGUGCUCUUCAUCAUGAUGAUUCUGAAUCGGUUAAUAUCAGAUGUCAUGGUGACGCCAAUGAUCAAAGCAGUCAAAAUGUCUCCAGCAUGGACGGUAAGGCUGAACAAUCGUUCCAAGUAAACAGGGACCAUAGCAACAAUAAUGUCACAUUAAAUAGAGAAUUAAUCUCAAGUGAUAAGAACACGAAGAUGUGCCCAAUACCAACAGAUGCGGAUAGUCAUAUAAUUAACGAAGUGGAUAGCAAAACAGCUGUGGAUAACAAUCCAAUUGAAGAAGCAGCGCCGUCUAACCAAUCUUCACAUGAUACCAAUUUCAAAACAGUAUAUUCAAAAGAUAAGGUGGGAGAAGAAACUAUAGAAGAGAUUAUACCCCUUGACCAUCAAAGAGGACUGAUGACUGAAGCUGAUGGAUGGAAAAUACAAAGACACACGUAUUAUCUUGUAAAUGAACUAGAUGCUAUAGAACUUAUAAAUAUCCUUUAUUCCCUGUUUGUUUACGACAUCGAUGAUUAUGAAUCACUUUUACGCAUAUUAAAAAGAGAAGGCAGAUGCAAAUGUGUUAUGAAUAUGUUGAUGAUUUUAAGUAGAAAAGGGCCAAAUUCCUACAUUCUGUUCCUGCUGGCCCUAGAACGAUGUGGCUAUACCUGGAUUAUACAGAAGUUGGAACCUGAUUGUGGUAUCUAUGAAGGAAAGAUCAAAUACAGUGGACAAAAGUUUUAUGAAUUAAUAGACAACACCAGUCCUAAAUAUAAAGAAUUUGUAAAAAGAUGUGAAAAUAAUAUUGAACAGGUUUACCAGGACAAACCAGGACAACAAUUUGUGGUUGUAAAGAAAUUAGAAAAAGGAUGUGUUGAAGUAACUUUUCAUCUCAUAUCUCUCGGUUCAAAUGACGAAGAUGAAUUGCGAAGCUGUCUUCAAGAUGUCGUACAAAGUGGUUUCAUUGAUUCUGAUCCAGUUGAAUCUGAUUCAUUUAAAUUUCAUCGUAUCACAGAUGAGGAAAUCACCACUGAAAGACAAUCGAUGAAGGAAAAACAAAUAAAAGAGCUUGAGAAUGAAAUACAAACCUUGAAAUCAGAAAUCAUUGACCUAAAGGUAGAAAAUGAUGCAUUGAAAUCUGAGUCGGUUCAUUCUACGGAAAUUCAGACAUUCAAAGAACUCGAAGCUAACAAAUAUACAGAAAAACUUCAAGAACUGGAAUCAGAGAAGGACCUGGUUAUUUGGAACUUACGAGAACAACUGGACCACGAGAAACAAGAUAAAGACAAAUUACAAGCAAACCUGGACAGAUUACAACAGGUUCUGGGCAGAUCACAACAAUGCCUAGACAGAUUACAGUCUGACAAUGAAACACUUCGACAACGUAAAAAAAACAUAUUACAAACAAAACUGCGCAGAUUACAAUUUGACGAUGAAGAACUGGACCACGAGAAACAAGAUAAAGACAAAUUACAAGCAGACCUGGACAGAUUACAAGCAGACCUGGACAGAUUACAAUUUGACGAUGAAGAAUACCAUCGGCAUUAUAAUAAAUACAAAUUACACAAGGCACUGGACAGAUUACAGUCUGACGAUAAAGUAGCUCGACAGUAUCAAUACCUAUUACACAAGCCACUGGACAUAUUACAGUCUGACGAUGAAGUACCUCGACAGUAUCAAUACAAAUUACACAAGCCACUGGUCGGAUUACAGUCUGACGAUGAAGUACCUCGACAGUAUCAAUACAUAUUACACAAGCCACUGGGCAGAUUACAGUCUGACGAUGAAGUACCUCGACAGUAUCAAUACAUAUUACACAAGCCACUGGGCAGAUUACAGUCUGACGAUGAAGUACCUCUACCUUAUAAGUAUUACAAAUCAAAACGGACCCGUGACCUGCUUCGAGAUCUUCGACAUCAUGCAUCCGAAUUAAAAACGGACCUGCAGAGAUUAAGUUCUGAGAGUGAAACACAUCUAGAAAAGAAUGUCGAUUUACAACAGGACUUGAGUAAAUUACAGUCUCGUGGUGAAACACUUCUACAAGAUAAUUACAAAUUACAACAGUACCUGAAAUGAUUACAGUCUGACUCGGAAGCACUUCGAAACAUGGUGCCACUAUUCAUUUUUAUGUUAUUCUGUACAACUAUAUUCAUUGUGUUCAUUACGUUCAUGGAUAUAUCUAAAUAGUGAAGUUAAGGCAAUUCAAACACAAAUGCGAAACAGCUUUCUAGUUUGUCGCUCACCAAAAUGUCUAUCAGUUCAUGAGUCCUUCAUUGUCUAUUUUUCGAACACUAUCAGCGUCCAUUCCCCCACCGUCGCUAACAACCACAUGGGUCUUCCCUCAGAGCGCACCGUCUAUUACAACCCGCCUGAGUCUGCCCGCAUAGUACACUGUCGAUUACAACUGCGAGGGUCUUCCCUCACAGUACACUGUCGAUUACCACCGAGUAGGGUACAUAUAUUUAUGUAUAUACAUGUAUAUAAAUUAAGGAUCUAUAUUGAUCCAGUUCAAUCUCGAAUCCAAUCUUGAAAUAAAAUGUAUAAAUUUAUUAUUCAUGUUACCAAUUUUAUCUUUCCUGCGAUUUCUAUAAAUCAUACUAUGAAUUAUAAUGUAUAUUUAUUAUGUAUAUGAAUUACUGUAUCUUUAUUUUGUAUUGAAUUACAUGUAUACUGUAUAUUUAUUAUGUAUAUAAAUUAUAUUGUAUCUUUAUUUUCUAUAUGAAUUAUACUGUAUAUUUACUAUGUAUAUAAUUUAUAUUGUAUAUCUUUACUAUGUAUAUCAAUUAUAUUGUAUCUUUACUAUGUAUAUAAAUCAUACUAUAAAUUAUGCUGUAUCUUUACUACGUAUAUGCAUUAUAUUGUAUAUUUACUAUAUAUAUAUAUUAUAUUAGGUACGAGACCUAAAAUCCGUGACCAAUUUUCGGGGAAGUUGUUUUGAAGGUGGUUUCUAUAUGACAAAAACCUGCUGAAGAUGAUUAAGCUUGGGUGCCUCUCUCUAAAAUGUUGGCGGAAUCCACUAGAGGGCCAAAUUCUAAAUGGCUGCCAGAUUUGGCGGGAAAAUAUAAAAUUAUUUAAUAUAGGCUUCCGAGGUGUCUAUUCGUAUGUUCCAAGGGUGUCUGAAUCGAAAUAUUGUAAUCAAUACACGGAUUUUUGGUCUCGUACCCAACUAUAUAUAAAGUAACGGUCAAAUAGAUCCAGUCUAAUGCCGAAUCCAAUUUCAGAUGAAACAAAAUACACGUAUUUAAAAAUAAA